AUGAUUCGAGAGAACACAUUUUUCCAAGAACAAAAACUAUCCGUACAAAAAAUAGUACACAUAGCGGCGGAUUGGGUCGAAAGUCCAGGACGAAACAACGAAAGAACAGCUUCGUUGCAUGGAGUCACGACUUCGACGAUUGUUAAUCUCAACAAACUUUUCCGACAAUUGACGGAGCAAUGGUUCGAGCGACAAAUUGAAAAAAAUUCAAAUUUUCUGCUUGGUGGACCAGGGAAAAUCGUCGAAAUCGACGAAAGUCACAUGUAUAAAGCGAAAUACAACCGUGGGCACAUGCUAAGAAGAAAAUCUAUCUGGAUAUUUGGCAUGACUGAACGUCACACAAAUAAAGUGGCAAUGUUCCGCGUGAAGCAACGAGAUGCAGCAACUCUACUCCCGAUCAUUAGAGCACAUGUCAAACCAGGCUCUAUGAUUGUAUCCGAUGGUUGGGCCGCCUACGGAGGCAUCAGAACCCUCCAGAGAGCGUUUACACACAGAUGGGUCAAUCACAAAGUAAACUUUGUUGACCCCAGCGAUCGACGAGUUCACACUCAGUCUAUUGAAGCCACAUGGGGUGCUUUCAAACGGGAACUCAAAGCGAAAUAUGGCGUCCCAGAAGAUCAACUCGACGGAUACAUGUCGACAUACAUGUUUAGACGAUACUUCGGAAGAAAAAAACUUCUGAACCACCUUCUGAUCGAGAUGAAGUAUUAUAAGAAAGAAGAUGACUAUGAUUCAAGUGAAUCUGAAAUCUCCACGGAUGAAAGCUCUGAUUACGACGGCGGUGAAGACGAGUCCGAUUCCAGCGACCCGAAUCAUGGAGACGACGAUGAUGAAGACGGAGCAGAUAGUACAGUUGAUGAUAAUAAUGGCUAUGAUGAUGAUGAUGACAAUAAUGGCGAUGAUGAUAAUGAUGACAAUAAUGACUAUGAAGAUAAUGGUGAUAAUAAUGAUGAUGAUGAUUAUGAUGAUGACGAUAUCCAAAACGAGGAUGAAUCAGAGUUUGAGGAAGAGCAGGAGGGAGAGCAAGAAGAAGAACAGGACGAAGAGCAGGACGAAGAGAAGGAGGAUGAGGAGCAGGAUGAGGAGCAGGAUAAGGAGCAGGACGAGGAGCAGGAAAAGAAUCAGGAAGAUGAGUACGAAGAUGAACAGGAAGAGGAAGAUCAAUUGACUGAAGCACCGACCACGAAAAUCUUCAGAAAAAGAAAACAGUUCGAUUCUGAUAGAGUUUCAUUUGCUCCCAAACAACGAAAUGAAAGAAACAAUCGCGCCUUUACAUUUUCAACAAGACAAACCACAAUGGCUGCUCGUUUGAAUCGAAAUAGAAACGAUCGUCGAAGUUCUUCUACCGCUUCUACAAUGAGAACCACCACCUCUUCUAAGCCAGAAAUGAUUAUCAAAACCAACAGACCAAUUUCGUCAACUACACCAAGGCAAACGACGACCAAAACUCGAAAACCUCGGAAGAAGACACAAAGUCGAAAAGCUGAUCCUACAACCACCAUCACAACCACAGCAACCAUGAGGACCACGACCACCAUGAGAACAAGACGAACAACUUCCCAUCAGUCGAGACGAACCACGACAGAACCUCGUACGAAACGGACGACGUCUGCCCCUGAAACGAGACAAACAACCAUCACCACUCAGAAGACUCGGAAUGAUAGAAGAAGACGCGGGCGGCCCACUACCACCACUCCAAGAUCGACUACCAUUACUCCAAGAUUCACAACCACUACUCUAAAAUCCACUUUCACCGGCCGAAGGAAGUUCAAAGGACGCGGAUAA